CGCCGGCUUGGAGAUGCUGCAAAGAAAGCAAUCAGCAAGCUACAAGUCAGAACAAUCAGGAAAGGUGAUAAGGAAACUGAGCCAGACUUUGAUAACUGUGCUGUUUGUAUUGAAGGCUACAAGCCCAAUGAUGUUGUCAGGAUUUUGCCUUGCAGGCAUCUUUUCCACAAGUCCUGUGUAGAUCCCUGGCUGCUAGACCAUCGUACCUGCCCGAUGUGUAAAAUGAAUAUUCUAAAAGCUCUAGGGAUCCCGCCAAAUGCUGAUUGCAUGGAUGACAUCCCUCCAGACUUGGAAGCAUCCAUAGGAGGACCUCCAACCAACCAGAUCACGGGCGCCAGCGAUAUAACAGUGAACGAGAGCUCUGUAGCCCUGGAUCCUCCAGCACGGACUGUGGGGGUGCUACAGGUCAUCCAAGAUGUAGACUCCUUCCCCCAGGCUGGGGAGGGGAACUUCACCACAAGCAAUGAACAGGAGCCAGCAGUCAGCAGUGAUUCAGACAUUUCAUUGAUCAUGGCCAUGGAGGUGGGACUGUCCGACGUGGAGCUUUCCACUGAUCAAGACUGCGAAGAGGUGAAAUCCUGAAAAGCAAACAGAGAUCCAACACUAAACCACAGGGGAGGGUCACAGGGAGGGACUGAGUCAGCUUUCUAGGAUUUGGACCAGUCAUGCACAUGCCUCCAGAGCACUGUCACUCCUGCACACUCCAUUCUGAGAUGGUCACGAGAAGCAAUAGCAACAGUUGUGUCUGCCUGGACGUGGUUCCACCAUCUGCUUCUGUUCCUUUUGUCCACGUGGGAGAUGGACACCUCCAGUUUCCCCGUGUGCUUGAGAGCAGUCGUGUAACUCUCCAGUGGCUCCUAAAUACACAACUGAAAUGAC